AUGGACACCGUCACGACCUUCGGUGAUACCACCGUAGCAAACGGCACAGUGCUGCAAGACGUCAAGACCGCGGAUUUCAUUGUGUAUAACAAAGAGAAAGGACUCGAUAUUCUAGGCUCGAACCCGAGCUACGAAUACGUUUUUGCCGUAAACGAUGCGGUGCACGAAGCCCCCGUCUACGUGGCAUCGCAGAACAAGCUGUACCUCUCGCAGCUCGCGCCGCCGCCGGGCUAUCUCCCGCAGCUGGUCAUUGAUCUCAACCAAGAUCCUCCAACAUUAUCAGAAUACCUCUCCGAUCCACCUGUCUAUGCCCCCAAUGGCGGAACAUUCCAUGACGGCAAAAUCAUCUGGGGCGCAUCUGGCGGUAACAGAUCGAUUGGCGGGACUGAACAACGGAUCUCCCUUAGAACAUUAGAUCCCGAGACAAACAAGACAACAAGCCUGGUCAACAAUUACUUUGGAUACUACUUCAACACAAUUGACGACCUCGCCGUGCAUCCCAAGACCGGCGAUAUCUGGUUCACAGAUCCACAAUACUCCUGGUUCAAUGAUAUCACAGACACCCCUCCCCAGCUUCCCUGCGCUAGUUACAGAUAUAACACUUCUUCUGGGGCAGUGGUAGUUGUGGACGACUCAAUCGGUCAGCCAAACGGGAUCGCUUUCACUCCGGAUGGAUCUAUCGUGUACAUCAGCGAUACUGCGGCAGUCAGCGCUCCUAUUGAUCCUAAAUAUGGCCAUCCGGGCAGUACGUUUAAUACCACGCAUCGGCGGACUAUUUACGCGUUUGACGUGAGCGAGGAUGGUGCCCACGCUUACAACAAACGGGCCAUUUAUCUGGCACCAGGCUUUGUCCCCGACGGGCUGAAAGUGGCAGCGAACGGGUAUAUUUUGACGGGGUGCGGUCGAGGUGUCGACGUUCUCGACCCCUCUGGGGAGCUGCUCUUGACGGUUCAGACCAACUAUACGGUCCAGAAUUUCGCUUGGACGGGUCCGGAACUGAAGACGCUAUGGCUGAUGGGCAAUGGAGGAAUCAGUAAGGUCGAAUGGAACCUGCCCGGCCAAGUGUUGAAAUAA